ACAGCGCAACCAGCUGAACGAGAUUGAACGAUGGAACUGAACGUUACUGGGGCAGGUUACCUACAGCAACGAUGGGACGCAUUCUUGGACGUUGUCGGAGAUGACCCAGAACGAAUGUACGUGUGGGGGCUGUCGCUGUACACACACGGUCUCUACUGGGUGCUCGGAUCGUUCUUCGUCUUUAUGGAUGUGUUCCAGUGGCCAGCGGUGUUUAGAAAAUUUAAAAAUCAACCCGGCCUAAACGAACCGCUCAAGUGGAAUGAUCUGCGUAAGAUCAUUCGCACGGUACUGAUCAAUCAGCUGCUGAUCAGCGUACCGAUAACGCUGUUCGGCUUCCGUGCCCUGGUGGCUAGUGGUGCCGUGGUGAAUGUGCGUACCUUGCCGUCGCUGUACGAGGUGGUGCGAGAUCUGCUGAUCAGUGCUGCGGGUUGGGAGCUCGGAUUUUACUACAGCCACCGUUUGCUACACUCCAAGCAUCUGUACAAGCUGAUACACAAGCAGCACCACGAGUUCACUGCACCGGUUGCUUGGGCCGCGAUCUAUGCGCAUCCGAUCGAGCAUAUCUUCAGCAAUCUGCUGCCACCGUUGAUCGGCAUACAGCUGAUGCGCAGUCACGUACUAACGUCGGCCCUUUGGUUAACGUUUGUCAUUCAGGACACCAUCACCGGACACUCGGGCUACCACGUGCCGUUUCUGAGCAGCAACGAAGCGCACGACUAUCACCACAUGAAAUUCAACCAGUGUUACGGUGUCUUUGGUUGGCUCGACUGGCUACACGGUUCCGAUGCUCAGUUCCGUGCGUCUCGAUACUAUCAGCGGCACCAGAUGCUGCUCGGUACGCAAUCGGCCCGUGAGUUGGUACCGGACGACAAGAAAAUGCAGCACAAACAGUGAAGACGGGAGAGUAUUUUGUAAAUAAA